AUGGGAGAAUCGAACGGAGAAGCGGCCGAUGUUCGAGUGUUGGCCGCGGUAACGCGGUCCAUGGCGAGGAAAGUGGAGAAUUCAGGGGUAGUGGAGCAAAACUCCUUGAAGAAAACGAACGCACACGCGACAGCCCGACUGACAGACAUAGAAUUCAUUGGGGAGAAAGGGGGAGCCCCCGGCAAACUCGACGAGGCCCUCCAUUCUGAGAACAAAGUCCUACUCGAGGAAAUUCAUUCCCUGUGUGGAGGACUUAACGGCCGCUCGAACCUGCUUCCACCAACUGGGUCAUGGGCAACAAUAGUGACAGGCCCCUGGACUCAAGAUCCAGAAGCACCAGGACGACAACCGAAAGACGACUUAACCUGUGUCCGAAUCAGCUCGCGACCCACGGCGGAAGACAACAACGAUAAGGAUGGCGGUUUCGCAAGGUACCUCACGACUGAGGCAGCUAACAAUCAUAUUAGAAGCAUCUUCCUGAGCAUUCAAAGACACCCAGCCCAGAGCAGCACCGAACUUGGCAACGACACCAAGCUGGUGAAACCGAGAUUUGGAAUUGUGGUGCAUCGCACUCCGACAGAGGAAUUCAACCCGGAAGACGAGAAACAGCAAGGAAUCUCUAAAAUUAUGGAGGACAAUGAUCUGUCCGCAAGAGGGUGCCGAAUUGAAGAUAUCACAUGGCUCAAACAGAAGAACCUUGGAACAAACCACUGGGCAAGCAUGGCUCCCUCGGGGUCUGGUGCGAUACUCAAGAAGCAGCGGAAUGGGUAA